AUUUAAUAUUCGGUUAGUUUGGACGUGUUUGGAGCAGAAAGCGCCUAAACGGCUGAGACACUUGAAAUUUGCAAUAAACAAAUGUGUCCAAUUGACUUCGCUGCCGAAACAGUGAAUUGGUCAGACGAAUAUUGAAUUGCCAACAAGUGAGUUGCGCUUGUACGGACGAGUGUUAAAAAUUAGUUGUUUUCAAAUUUCCGGUAUCGAAUUGGAUUUUCGGAAGGAAAACUGGCUGGUUGAAGAUAAACCAAUUCUAAGUUUUCUUUUUUCGAAAAAGCGUAUUUGUGAAAUUUCAAUGUAUUUACGGAAUGUGUACGACCGUUGGGUUUGAGUGCUAAUUUUGAAAUUUAUGAAAUUAAAAAUUCUAGUGCUAGAAAAAUUCAGUGUUACGAAAUAACGACUUUCACGAAAAAAAUAUACAAAUUUUGUGACAUUUUUGCUGCUCUGAAAGCUGGUUUAGGAAUUGCUAUACGAAAAGAUUAUUAAUUCAAUUUCGAAUGUAAGGAAGCAACGGAGGAGCACACAAGUGUAAGGGACCGGAACAAAUACAACGUAUUGACAGCUUGAACGCCCUUAGAUACACGUACAUCGCCAGAAAGGGUGAUGAAGUAGGACGCCCGCUAAAAGCAAAACAUUACAUCGACUACAACAAUUGCGGUAGUUUUAUUAUGAACAUUUGCAUAAUUAUGAAACACAAUUUGACGAUAGAAUAGGGAGUGCAGAGAAGCAAGGAAGAAUAACAAUUAAAUACACAUAGAUAGAAGGGAAAGCCAAGCAGUAAAAACCUAAAGCAACGAUCGAACUGAGGAGAUAGUGAAAAGUACAGCAAGAGACAAGAGACGUCGGAAGGCAAACACGCAUACACCUCACUGAAGCUGCGGAUAUUGCUGACAACAGCCAACUCUAAAUUGACAUAGAAGCAGUUGUUAAGUUUCGAAUUGCGAAUCAACGUCAGCCUUCGAAUACACUCACGCACAUAUGCACGUUCGGACAUAUCUCCCAUGCAGCUGAGUCUUCAAUUCCAAACAUAUCUUGAUUUUCAAAAACAUAGACUACAGUGAAUACUCAAAUAAGUAGCAAUUUAAGUGUUAAGGAGAAAUUAGCUUAUUACGAUUAAUUAUUUAUUUUAUGAGCAACUCAACAAUGCGUCUGUUAAUUUUCAUUUUGGCCUGUUGGGCGCCUUACAUUAAUGCAUUGCAUGCAUCUGCUGCUUCGGCAGGUGUUUCUUUCACCAAUGAUGCAUACGGUCAAAUGCAGCAUGCACCGAACACACAGUAUGCGGCAUCAAAGACUCUGCGCAAUCGUCGAAUGUACGCUAUGUGCCCGCCUCAUUUCCAGCGUGUAGGCUCGGAAUGCUAUUCGCUAUUACCACAAGCCAGCAGCUGGCUGGAGGCGCAUUUUUUCUGUAAAGAUAAAAAUGCUAAAUUGGCGGAACCACAAAAUAGAGCAGAUCGCAAGUUACGUACUUUCCUGAAGCAAUACGAUGCACAGAGUGGUUUAACUGGCCCCAUCUGGAUUGGCGCCACCUACGAUUGGCAAAGUAAUGUGUGGCAGUGGAGUAUUAGCGGCAAAAAUUUAACCUAUGACGCCUUCAGUCGCAUGGAACCUGAGAUCAGACAGAACUUGGAAAAUCAUUGUGCUGUGUUUGACCCAAAUCUAGAUUAUAGAUGGUCUGCACGUCCCUGUCCGGAUAAAUUUCGUUUUAUAUGCCAACACAAAAUGCCCAAAGUCAGCGAGAAGAACCGUGGAAAAGUUUAUACGCGUUGGAAUGCGACCUACCCCAAUGAGUAUGCAAAUGAGGUGAUAUUGGAGGUGAUGGAUCAACCAGACAGGAAUGGGCACAGAUCCAAUGUUGUUGUGAAGGCCGAGGGAAGUGACGAACAAAUACUUUUGCCAAAGACGCGCAGUAAGGGUGGUCGCAACCGCGAUCGUCAAGGAAGGAGACCCUCUAACCGUCCCAUAAGCCGAAUGACUACUCUGCAUCCGAAUGAUAUCGCUUCUCAAGCCUCUACAAAUUCCCCAACGACAGCGGUACCAUACAACGAAAUAGCCGUGCCAAUCACUCGAAUGUCCAACGCAACAAAUAAAAUCAUCCGUGUCCAAAGGCCACGUAAUCGCGGACAAACUCCCCAUGAUCGUGUUGUAUGGCGUCAAAGGCAAAAGGAGAAACGUCGCUUGCAACGUAAAAGAGAACGUAGCCAACGCAUGCAACAGGAGAAGGAACAACGUUUGGCCGAACAACGUCGACUUUUGCAAGAGAAUCAGCAGCGAUUGCAGCAAGAGCGUGAGCGUGAGAGACAACAGCAGCAGCAGCAGCAGCAACAGGAACAAGAACAAGAGCAGCAGGAUCAGCAACAAAAAUCACACGAACAAACCGAGCAGCCACCCAAACGAGAGUUGGAUGAAUUGCGACAACGCGAGGCGAUCGAUCAAGAGCGCCAACGACAGCAACAAAUACAGCAAGCCGAAGCUGACACCAAGCGACGCGAAUAUGAGGAACAUCACCGUGAAUUGGAAGCGUUGAAGAAACAACUUGCUGAAGAAAAGCAACGACGCGAAGAUGAAUACACAAGUGCAGAGCGCAUAAGACAGGAACGUAUAGGUCGUCAGCGAGAUCGUGAAGAAAAAGAACGCCGGGAGCGUAAAGAGGCUCUACGCAAAGCGGAGGAAGAGCGUGCCAAAGAGGAGGCCAAACGUGAAAAAGAACGAUUAGAAAUGGAGAAACGUCAACGUGAAGAAUACGAAGAACGUUUGAAGCAAGCGCAGGAUGAACGUGAACGCCAACUGCACGAACAGCAGGAACGCAAGCGUCUGGAAGAUGAAGCCAACCGUCUUCGCCUCGAAGAAGAAGAGAAACAGCGACAAGAAGAGAUUAAGCGACAACUUGAAGAGGAAGAAAAACGACUAGAGCUGCAGCGACUAGAAGAAACGCGUAAGCUUGAGCGGCAAGAAUUAGACCGACUUGCGGAAGAAAACCGACGCCGUAAAGAAUUGAUACUCAAACGUCAAGAGGAGAUCGCACGACGAGAAGAGGAAGAACGUAACAUCUUAGAAGAAGAGGAACGUAUAAAGAAGGAACUCGAAGAAACGGAGAAACGCCACAAAGAGGAACACGAAGCGCAAAUAAGGCAGGAAGAAGAGGCGCUAAAAGCACGCGAAGAAGCGGAACGAAGAGCCACUGAGGAAGCGGAACGCCUUCGCCAAGAACGCUACGAAGCGUUGAAAAAGCAAGAAGAUGAACGUAUACGGCUAGAAAAGAAACGCCAAUAUGCAGAAAGACUUUCUCGGCUCUCACCCGAAGAUCAACGUAAGUUCUUUGAGAUGCGUAAACGACGAAAGUCCAAGAAAACUCAGGAGCAGCUGAAGCAGAAGCUCGCUGGCGGUAACGAAGCUUUCGUGGAGGAAUAGAGUGGCAGUGAGAGGAAAUUCAUCAGAAGAAAGGAUAUUAGAAUUUAGUGAGAUGUAGCGAAAAAAGCUGAGAAACUGUUAAAGCGGUUUUCCCAUUAAGUUUGAAAAUAUGUGAACAAAGACCGCUAAGCGACUGUAUUAUUUUCCUUAUCCUAAAAGAGAAACCUCGUUCAAAAAUAAUUACUAAAAUAAGUCAAUAUAUUAUAUAUAUAUAAUUUUUAAUUUAAGUCCUUGCUGCCAUUAUUACUUUUUUAAAAUAUUAAUAUUUAUAAAUGAACUGCUUUUUGCUUCCCAUAUUUGAAAUUCAUUUCGAUAACGUAUAAACGAUCGGUUAAGAUAUCAAAUCGAUUUAAAAUUUUCUUUUAAAAAAGUACCGCAAAAUCACUACAUAGUAUUAGCUUUAAUAGCAGGCGAACAGCGAUGCAGCGAGGAACUCUACUGCAUGGCAGCAGUUCUAGCUACACUCGAUUGUAUAACUAAAAAAAAAUAAUAUAUAUAAAACUCAUCACUAUUUUUUAAGUGUACGAUACAACAGACAGCUGAAGAGAAUAAAGAAAUAUAUUUUGAAAGAAAUUAUUCGCAAAAACCCUGUUGUUUGUAUAUAAACUGUAUGCAUGUAUUGAGGAAAAGAGUUAUACCGCGGCGUAACUGUAAUUUACAAUUUAUAAAUAUAAUUUCUAUGUAAGAGAAAUAGGUUUAAUUUCACUUUAGCGAUAGAAUCAUGUGAAAGCACCUCAAAAAAUGCAUAAAAAAAAUAAUAAAAUAAAUGAAAAAAUUAUGUGUAAAAACGUAAGUUAUAAGAAAAAUUGUGGUGUGAAUACUUCAUGAAGAUAACACGCCCACAACUCUUACAAAUACACAUAUAAAUAAAUUGAUUACUUAAUUAAGUGCUUUUACAUACAUAAAAUUACAAAUUUUUGCACUUUACCAAUAAAAAGCAUAUCACGAUAUUAAAACUCUAUAGCGCGCUUCUCUUUUCCCGCACAAAAACAACACAAAAAUUAUUUUAAUACGAUGAAAUUUUUUAAAUUAAUUUAAUUUUAUAUGUAAGGCUAUGAUUUUCGAAGCUCAAUGCACAUGCAAAUACAAAUAAAACUACUAAUAUAUAUAAGCCUUUUUGUAUAUUUAAACUGAGAGCAAAAAUUAGGUAACUGUAAUAUUACUUGAAUAAGUUCAUUACGAAAAUUCGUGAAAAAUUUUAGCUUUUUAACAAAUAUUAAAUAACAAUUUUAAAUAUUAAAUGUUAAUAAAGCAAUACUGAAACGAUACUAACACUACUGUUUUGCAUACGUGUACGUUCGUUUGAAGAAAUAAAAAUAAAAAUAAAACUCAAAAAGUUAUUGUUAACGAAUUCGUACGUAAUCAUAAUAUAUAAUAUACAAUUUUGUAAAUACAAAAAAGUAUACAUAUACAAACCCAUACAUAUGUAUAUUAAACAAAAACGAAUUCGACAUGUGCAACUAAAGAACUAAUUAGGAUUUUCAUCUAAUUAUUACCUCACAGUAUGUUUUUCGUCUUGAUAAUUAUUAAUAAUAAAGCAAUGUCAAAUGAAGUAUAUACAUAUACAUACAUAUAUAAAAUGAGAUCACCCAAUGAAAACAUAUUGCAUUCUUCUUAGAUGCUUACACACAUGCAUACCCAUGCUAAGUUUAAGGGCUAUUAUGUAAUUCAACACAAAUAGAAAUAUAAAAAAUAGUGCACCGUAAACUUACUAACCAUAGUUUAACAUUAACACGUUAAAUAGUCGAAAAAGUAAAA